GUCGAGGAGGGGGCUAGCGAGUCUGGCGUUGAUGUACUGGCAGGCAGCAUUAGCAAGGCUUUAGGAUGUCAUGUUCGUGCAUAUGAUGCGGGGGCGAAGGGGCCGGUGGAAGGCGCGACCAGCGGUCCUGGGCACGCUGAAGGAACGGUAGAAACGCCGCAGGUUGUCCCUACCAGCGAACCCCAAGUUUCUAGUGAUGUUGCGGAUGAAGAGGACGACGCGGGAGCGUACGAAGAUAUAAAAUUAAAACUGGCAAGUCUAGGAUACCCCAAGUUUCUAGUGAUGUUGCGGAUGAAGAGGUGUGUCAAACGGAUCGCUGUGUCGACUGUAGAAAGUGCAGCGGUCGAAGGCCUUCAGGAGGAUUCUGAUGGUAAUGAAGAGGAAGGUUCUCCAGAAGACGACCCUGCGAUUGAUCCUUUUGAUGAGGAAGCAUGGAUGAAUCGUCCCUUUACUCCAGUGGCAAUUGAUCCUGACGUUACUGCUCGUCAUCAUCAGGAAGCGGAACAUGACGCAAGAUUGGCCGAAAUACGCGACCGGCCUCUAGGAGCUCCGCCCAGUGAAGCGCUGCUCGCUGAGGAAGAUAUACCAUCUGCAGACGCAGAGGCGACUUCCUCCCUUGCCAAUGAACGAAGGCCGAUUUGGAACGCACAUCUUUUCGGUCCUUCAACUAGGAAGUAUUGGAACUUUGGUCAUCCCGCAGAGCAGCUGGAAGACUCCCAAGCGCCUCCCGAAGAAGUCGAAGAGGCGCGUCUCAAAGCACGUUCCCUCGUCCUUCACUUGGAAGCUCUGCAUUAA